AUGUAUCGCCAAACCUAUUCCAUGAUUGAAGGCACCCUGGAACAUCCUAAUCUAAACAGAUGGUGGGGCUUUGGCCAGUUUAAAACAAAAGAAAAAGAAAAUGCCCUCAAGCAGUUUAAACAAGAGAUCAAGGAUUUUGCCACAGAAGAGCAACUGAAGGAUGACACUUACUGCAAAAGGUGGCUGAUAGCAAGAGAUUUCGAUGUUCCCAAAGCAGUAACAAUGUUUCGUAAUAGUAUGGAAUUCAGAAAGAAGAUGAAAGUGGAUGAAUUAGUUUCUAACUACAAAGAACCAGAAGUAAUAACAAAAUACAUGCCUGGAGGAGAAGUUGGCCAUGAUAAGGAGGGUUCAAGUAUACGUGUUGUGCCUUGGGGUGACCUUGACAUGAAAGGUUUGAUGCUUUCCUGCAAGAAGUUAGAUUUUGUAAAAAGCAAGAUUGUUCAGUUUGAACGCACACUGAAAGAUAUCAACAAAAUGACAGAGAAGUUAAAAAGAGAUGUUGUUGGACAAACUAUUAUUUUUGACAUGGAGAAUGUGGGACUGAAAACUUUGUGGAAACCUGGAUUGGAUUUUAACAUCUAUCUCUCACGAAUUUUAGAAGACAACUAUCCAGAAAUGAUGAAACGAUUAUUUUUGAUAAAUGCACCUAAAUUGUUACCAGUUCUUUACACAAUGGCACAGCCUCUCAUCAGUGAGUCAAUGAAACAAAAGAUCUUUGUAUUGGGAAAUGAUUACCAAACAACUCUUCUUCAAUAUAUUGAUGGUGAAGAAUUACCAGCCUACCUUGGGGGAAAGAAAACUGACCCUGAUGGCAAUCCCAAGUGUACUUCUUUGAUCUGCUAUGGAGGAACAGUCCCAGAAAGUAACUAUCUGGAGAAUACAGAUGCCUAUGAAAACAUGAUAACAAUUGAAUUGAACAGUGGAGAAAAAAAAUACAUUGAGUUUCAAAUAGAAAGCCCAGAGAGUAUUCUACAGUGGGAAUACAAAACAGACAAACAUGACAUUGGCUUCAGUGUAUUCAAGAAAGAGAAUGAUGAAGAAUUGAAAGAGAUUGUUACAAAUGAAAGAAUGGAUUGCUUUAAUUUAACAAUUGAUGGCAUCAUUACAGUAAAUGAACCAGGAACAUAUUUUUUAUGCUUUGACAACUCAUAUAGCAUGCUUACUUCAAAAGUGGUACAUUACAGAUAUGAUGUCCUGUCCAGUUAA